CAUAUUUUAGUGACGUAAUAAGAAGGGGUGAUCACCGUGAUGAGAUUUUUGUGGUUCAACUUGGACUGCCGAGACUCUGCGCCUGGUGUUGCAAUUGCACUUGCAACUUUAGGCAUAUUUUGGACCUGUUUAAUCAGCAUAUAUGAUUUAGCAAUAGUUCACGACACAUUUACGAUAGCCAGCAUGGCAGCAGAAAGAGAGCAAAAUUUGGAAAACUUUAAAAAAGAAGGCCAUUCUGCUUUUGUUAUUGGCUAUACAGGUGAAAUUGGCAAAGUACUGGUGAAGGAAUUGGAUGAGGUGAAAGCUUUCAAGAGAGUUGUACUGGUUGGAAGAAGACAGACCAAUAUAACUCAGAAACUUGGAGCAGGAUUUGAAGAAAGAGUUGUUGAUUUUGAUAACCUUGAUGACUAUAAGGAAGCAUUUGCUGGAUGUGAUGUUGGCUUCAAUACGCUAGGAACAACCAGGGCAAAAAGUGGUGCACAAGGUUUUGUAAAAGUGGACCAUGACUAUGUAUUAAAGACAGCAGAGAUUGCAAAAGCUAGUGGUUGCAAACAUUUUCUACAUACCUCGUCCCAAGGGAGUGACAAAAAUAGUUCCUUACUUUACACACGGACAAAGGGCCAGGCUGAAGAAAGUUUAAGAGUGAUUCAUUUUGAUAGACUUUCAAUAUUUAGACCAGGAAUCUUGUUGUGUGACAGAGAAGAGAGCAGACCAAGUGAAUCAUUCUUCCGAACUGUUCUGAAGCCAGUGUUUUACUUUUUUCCCACUGCUAUUUCCACACCCACGGAGGUGGUGGCGAGAGCUAUGGUCAACAACGCCAUAAGUCCUCCUUCCGAAAACAGAACAGAGCUAUUUGAGAACAAAGCCAUUCAUAUGAUGGCUGGCAAUCUGAAACCCAAACCAGAAGAUAUGGUGAAGCCAGUCAAAAAGUCAGCAAAAGAAACGGAUGACAAUCAGGAAUUAUAGCUCGAGAUUGUUUAACUGCUGCAAUUGCUGUGAUGAUAUAAGAAUUCGAAAUUCUUUCUAUGUUUUUACAAAUUAUUUGUUGGUUGCGCAUUUUGAAGGCUUAAUGUUCAGUCAAAAUUCGUAAAUUCUUCCAAAAUUUCAUGAAAAAACUUCAAAACAUUGUAUACAUGUUCUGCUAUGUCCAAUGUCUUGCCCUUAAUUUUUCAGCACAAACAAAAAAACUGUUAGGGAUAAAAAUUUUUUACAGAACUCUUUAUUUAAGUAAGAAACUUCUGUCAUACAAGACUCUCAAGCAGCAGUGGAGAUCAUUAAACUGAAUUUUACUUCCGAAUGAAUAAGAUGUAAGAAAUAUAAGUCAAUUAUUAGGAAAGAUUUAA